AUGGCCAAAAUACCGCGGAAUUUCCGCCUUCUGGAGGAGCUCGAGAAGGGCGAGAAAGGCAUUGGCGAUGGGUCAUGCUCAUAUGGUCUCGAGGACGGUGAGGACAUAAUGAUGAGCCACUGGAAUGGCACCAUCAUCGGACCUGGCCAUACGGUGCACGAGAAUAGAAUCUAUAGUCUCAAGAUUACCUGUGGCGAUCACUACCCAGAACAGCCCCCUGUCGUCCAGUUUGUCUCCCGAGUCAACUUGCCCUUUGUGAGCCAAUUAGAUGGUAAGGUUGAUCCAUCGAAGCUACCGGUACUGGCACAUUGGAAUCGAAACAAUAGUAUCGAGACAGUCUUGGUGGAGAUUCGCAGGGAGAUGGCAUCGUUCAACAACCGGAAGCUUCCCCAGCCCCCCGAAGGCAGCACAUUCUAG